AUUUAUUUACUUUUUCUACUUGUGCAGUUGGAGAAGGAGAUGAUAGAUCUGACUGUUCAACGAGACUUAGCUCAAUGUCAGGUUAAGGAUUUGCUACAACUGGUUGGGGAUGAGGGACAUUCAAUGACACGGGUAGGUUUCAAUAACUACCCACGCUUGCUAGUUCGGAAGUCACCGGAAUUUGAAAAUCCAGUACCAGAGACAUCCUCUUUGGCAAGUCCUCACUCCUUGGACAUUGGUGUUAGAUUAGUCAAGAGAUCUCUUUAUUCUUAUGGACAUAGUGGGAGAAGCUCUGAUGAUCACUGCAUACAAAUUCUUCCUGAAUUUGAAGAGAACUUUGUGUCGAAUGAUACUUCUCCACAGCUGUUGGUCGGUGUUUCUAUGUUCAUCCGAAGCAAUUCUGGACGGAGUUGGGACAUGGGACUUCGGAGGAUUUAUGCAAGGAAGUUUGAUGCAUAGAGGCAGAAGAAUCGAAUAGAUCAUCAUCUCCUGAACAAAGCACUGAAAUCUCUGAAUCGAUGGUGGCUGGGAACGGAGACACAAUAGAUCAGGAGUUCGUGUCACUGCCACUAAAGGAAGAUAGUAUGUUAAGUUAUAUCCCCCAUUUCAUUGCUCAUUCUCAUGAAAAACCAUCUCCAUGGCCAUUAACAGAGUACAUGUCUGGCUCUCAAAGCUUGAAGUUAACUAAAAGUAGAAGCUGCAAAGCAAGCCUGAUGACUAGCCCAUAUUCACCAUGGUUUGAGAAGGUGGAAAAUAAUGAUAAUGAGCACACACCACCAACUGGGUUCUAGAAAGAAUUCACUGGAAGACCUGAGGAUAUCCGAAGAAGGGUUUAUGAAUUGAACUAUGGUGCCAACAUUGAAAGGCUAUCAAGAAAAGGUUCUCAAUCUUUUAUCAGGAGUGUUGCUACUAUUGAUCUUGAAGCACACAGAGGCAGAACUUCAACUGAUGCUAAUAUUACUAGUGUUAAUACACGCAUUGUAUGAAUGGAGGAAAAGGCUGAGCUUCAGCAAGAGAAGCAAGUUGCUGAUAAUCCAGUGAGUUUUAUUUCUAUUUCUGGCUUUUAUUUUAAAUAUUUCUGUGAAAAACUAUGGCUCAACAGAGUUUAUGCUGAUGCCAAAGGAGGAAUUUGUUAACAAGUGCUAGAGAAACUUUUAUGUGUUCUUUUCAUUUAUCAGUUAUAUAUGACAUCAUUAUUAAUUAAGCAUAGUGAGAACAGUCGACACCUAUUAUGCUAUGGGGAUUCAUAGUAAAUGCACUUUAUGAUUUA